AGGUUAACGAGCAAGUUUUUUGAUACCAACGCUAGCGCCAACAUGAAGGCAAAAUCGAACAGUAAGUUACCACCUGUCAGUGUACAAUCAAUUAUAACAACUCCUAGUUUACGACAGGUGUUAUACCCAUUAGCCGCCGGACACGCACAUGUACGCACAUCAACAGUAACCUGCCAGAGUAGUGUAUAAAAUCUGCAACCAACAAACUAUCAGUUGAUAGUCGACUCAGUAAGUUACUAACAGUUAGCCAAGAUGUUCCUGCUGCCGAUUGCCCUGCUUGUGCUAGUUUCGUUUUUCGGUGUGUGGUACAUAUUUUCCUACUGGAAACGUUACGGCCUACCGCACCUGGAGCCGGAGAUUCCGUUCGGAAAUCUUCGCGCCCUCUUAGAACGUCGCCAGUGCAUCGGAGUGGCCAUCAGUGAGCUGUACCGGCAAUCUGCGGAACAACUGGUUGGAGUGUACCUGUUCUUCAAGCCGGCGAUCCUCGUUCGCGAUGCUGGGCUGGCCAAACAGAUCAUGACUUCGGAUUUUGCGAGCUUCCACGAUCGGGGAACGUGGAACAAUCCGCGUUCGUCAAAUGUGUUUUCGCUGCCGUUGAGGCCGUGGAAGCAAGUUCGCCACGUGUUGUCGCCAUGUUUUACUCCUGGAAAGCUUCGGCUUAUGAUACCUACCGUGUUGGAUGUUGGCAAGAAACUUGAGGACUAUCUGUCGGAGUCAGCUGAAAGGGGAGAGAUCGUAGAGUUACGCGAUAUCUGUACCCGUUACGUAUUGGAUAUUAUUGCGUUGACGAUGCUCGGAUUCGAUGCGGACACGUUGAACCAUCCGGACCACCCAUUUUACACCAUUGGACGAGAACUUGUCCGGAACAGCUUCUUGAACAACAUUCGCACGGCGGCAACGUUUCUCUUUCCAGAGUUUUACAAACUUACGAAGAUUCCCUCGAUUUCACCCAAACUAUCCAGAUACUUGGUUUCCCUAUUCAAUGAACAAAGCGACUUUCGCGAAAGAAACAACGUAUCAAGGAAGGAUUUCUUCCAGUCGCUGCUCGACCUACGCCAGGAAGAUCGCGAGCACAAUCGGAAAGCCCUGAGCGUUCAACAAUGUGCAUCGAACAUAAAUGUGUUUUACAUUGCUGGAUCAGAAACAACCGGCGGAACGGUGAUCUUCACACUUCACGAGCUUACGCAUCACCCAGAGGUGAUGGAGAAACUAGUGAAUGAGAUUGACGAGACUCUCGAACGUUCCGAAGGGCUAAUUGAUUACGAUGUCAUCAAAGGAAUGCAAUAUUUGGACGUUUGCGUGAAGGAAACGUUACGGAAAUAUCCGGGCUUGCCUAUUUUAAACCGAAAGUGCACGCAGGAUUACCAAGUUCCCAACUCAAAAGUGAUCAUCAGAAAGGGAACGCAGUUGAUCAUCCCACUGCUGGCUUACGCCAAGGACGCACGAUACUUCCCAGAGCCGGACAAGUACAGUCCGGAGAGGUUCCUCGAGGAAAGCAAGAACUUUGUCGACGAUGCCUACACUCCGUUUGGGGAUGGUCCUCGGCAGUGCAUUGCAACUCAAAUGGGAAUAGUUAUUGCCAAGAUCACGCUGGUGAUGCUGCUAUCGAAGUUUCGGUUUGAGGCAACGCAAGGGCCGACGUUGGAAUAUGCCGUUUCACAAGUUCCGCUGGGGCCCAAACAUGGAAUCAAACUUAGGAUCUUUAGGAGAAACGAUAAUACAGCAAAAAAUACUGGUGAAGUGAGGUUUUCUAGAAAAAAUAUUUAAAACUUAGGUAAAAGCAUGUAUUUCCAUCGGGUAUCUAA